GCUUCUGCAGACUAUUAUCUGAACGUUUUAGACCAGGAAGAAGUCGAAGGUUUUUGGGAGCAAACUGGACUUCGUGGCGGGAAAGAUGAUCCAUGCUUCAAUAUCGAUUGGAUCGCUGCUGGUAAGGAAGUGGUGACUCACCCCAAAGUGGACGAGCUCUGUGAAGCUGCUGCUGCGCGUGGUGGCCCCAGGGCUGCGGCUGCAACACGCCAGAAGGCUGCAUCGCUGGCAAGCGAGCUGGCCGCAUCCGUCGAGAUGAGGUUCGCACAUUUUACAUCGGCAUUGGCACGAUUUGGCUUCCAGCGGCUGUAUUCCGGCCUGGUCUUCGAACGUCAGCAGCUGCUUUCCCUGGCGCAGCUCAGCGUACGGGCGCGCGAAGAGGGCCGAAGCAUUAUUUACCUACCAAGCCACAAAAGUCACAUCGACUAUAUUGUGCUCCAGUUUUCACUGUGGAACCUUGGGCUGGGAGCGCCAGCCAUCGCUGCCGGAGAGAACUUGAAUCUCCCGGUUGUGGGUGGGCUGCUGCGCCGCAAUGGAGCCUUUUACAUUCGGAGGAGUUUCUCGGGACCCGAUAGCGAACUCUACACUGCAGUGGUUGCAGCGUAUAUCGAAGGAUUGCUCAAACGUGGGGCAAAUGUGAAAUUCUUCACAGAGGGUGGACGGAGCCGAAGCGGGAAGUUGUUGCAGCCGAAGAUCGGCCUUCUUGGCAUGGUCUUGGAUCCGAUCUUGGACGGGGUCGUGGAGGAUGCUUACAUCGUGCCCGUCUCCAUCUACUAUGAUGGUGUGAUGGAAACGGAGAGUUACGUCAGGGAACUUUCGGGAUCCCAGAAACGGAAGGAGAGUUUGAUAGGCGUUCUGGGACAAGGGAAGCAUCUCUUGGCCAUGCGACGCUCUCGCUACGGCAACAUCCAUGUACGCUUCGCCCCUGGGUUCAGUGCCAGAAGUUACAUCGACACCCACAUGGCGGUACAACGUCAAGCUGCGCCCAACCGCGCAAACUUCAAUCCUGUUAGCACCAUGGCAGACAAGCAGGUUUUGUUGAAGGCUUUGGCAUACCAUGUCCUUGAAGAGAUCAACCGCGUCUCGAGUGUGACUCCUACGGCGCUGGUUGGCACUGUGCUUCUUUGCACUCUUGGCCGUGGCAUUGGCCGGCGCGCUCUCAUCAACAAAGUUGACUGGCUGCGACGGGAGGUUGUUCGGUCAGGUGGGCAUAUGUCUCGCUUUUAUGAUUUUCCUGGCGAGCUCACAGCGGAAGUGGUAGAUUCCGCCUUGACGGUUUUGGGCAAUUUGGUGCAGACCUUCACAGGCUUGGUAGAGCCAGUUUAUUGCGUUGCACCUGGCAUGCACUUCGAGCUGUCAUACUACAGGAACAUGUGUGUCCACGUGUUCAUCCACCAAGCGAUUAUUACAGCUGUUCUGCAUCGAGCAGUGCAGAUGCAUCGGCAAGGUGCUGGAAGAGUGGAGCGUGCCGAUGUCAUGUCGGACGUCCGAUUUCUCAGUCGACUUUUGAAGCGUGAGUUUGUGUUUUCGGGUUCUGCCACUCCGGGCGGAUCGCCGCCGAAGCAAGCAUCUGCUGAGCAAUGGGGCCAAGAUGCUCCAAUAGCCCUCAUGAGAAACUUUGAGUCUGCACUGGAGCUGUUGGUGGCCGAGGGCGUGGUGGGCGUCUGCGAGUCUGGUUCCAAAGGUGGGGCAAUCUCUCUGGAGCAGUACCGCAGUGCACAGGAGCAGGGGGGAUACGACCACUGGAACAAGCACUUCACGUUUCUUUGUUCAAUGGUCUGGCCGUUAAUUGAAUCCUACUGGCUGGUUCUUGCGUCACUCCUGUACAUAUUUCGAAACGGCAUUGUCAUCAUUGGGGAGAAGCCUGCAGUGGCUUACAUGCAGAGCUUUGCCAAGACAUUGGUGCACAUGGGUUACGUCCAGUACCACGAGGCUGCGUCAGAAGAGCCUCUCCGAAAAGCGUUGCAGACGUACAGUGAGUUGGGGAUCGUUCGAUGGGCGAGAAGGACAGGUAAUCAGGGCGAGCCAGUUGUUGCACUGGAGCUCGAGCCAGAGUACCGAGGCACGGGGGAGAACAAGUUCAGCCAGCUGGUCCAGUUGACUGACGAAGUGGCUUCGUACCGCCGAUGCUGGCGGGAGCAGGAGGGUCCAGACGAAUAUCCAGAUUACAUUGCUCGACUGGCUUUUGGAGUGUCCAAGUUGUGA